GAGCCCGGUAGCCACCUCCACGUCCUGCACAUGUUCGGGGACUGCCUGUACAUCGCGGUGAACGGCGAUGGCACCGAGAGCGAGGACGAGCUGCGGCGCAAGCUCUUCGUGCUGCGGCGCCUCGUGGACGCUCACUGCGGCCUCGUCACGCUGGACUCCCACCUUGUCCGCAAGGAGUUGCGGCCGGCCGAUUCGGAGCAGCGCGAGCGCAUUUGGGGGCUGCUGCGGGGCCUGCUGGACACCUACAGCCGCCUGCGGGAGGAGGACCAGAGCUUUGCCGUGGAGGCCGUGGAGCGGCUGAUCCACCCGCAGCUGUGCGAGCAGUGCAUCGAGUUCCUGGAGCGGCACGUGGUGCAGCACAUCAACGGCAGCCCCGAGCGCGGCGGCGACGACGUGGCGCACGCCUUCCUCCUGGUGAACACCAAGCUGCUGGCCUUCUACUCCAGCCGCAACGCCAGCUCCAUCCGCCCUGCCGACCUGCUCGUCCUCAUCCUCCUCGUGCAGGACCUCUACCCCAGCCAGGGUGCCGAGGAGGAGCUCAGCCCCCAGGUACCCCAAAGAAGCGAGAGCAUCCCCAUGAGCAGCACCAGCUCCCGCGUGGCCACAGGGAAGGAGUCGGAUGAUCAGGACACAGACGACCUCUCCACACCAGAGGUGUUCUACACACCGGAGCCCUCGCCGGGCAGGCACAGCACCGGCAGCGAGAGCUGGUCGGAGGGCGCCGAGACACCGGGCGCUGGAGAUGCAGACAGUGCUGAUGUGCAGAUGGCAGAAGACUUGCUGCAGACUUUGGGGCCUCUGGUCCCCGAGGCUUCAAACCCCAGAAGGGUUUUCCUGGACGCCAACCUGCCGGAAGGCUACUGCCCCAUGCUGCCCCACACCAUGCACUGCCUCCCGCUCUGGCCGGGCAUCACUCUCGUUCUGCUGAGCAAGGGCCCCAUGACCCACGUGGCCGUCACCCUGCACCAGCUGCUCGAUGGUUUCUUGGUGCUGGAAAAGAAGCUGGAAGAKGGGCAGGAGGUGGGAGCCCCGCGUACCUUCCCCUUCCUGGCGGAGCUGCGGCAGCGCAUGGACAAGUUUGUGAAGAAGCUGGGCGGGCAGGACAUCCAGUUGCAGAACGCCUGGGUGGAGUUCAAGAACAAGAUAUUCUCCCGGAGCGAGCCUGGGAGCUUGCCGGAGGUGCUGCAGGCGCUGGCCAACGUGAAGCGGCAGCUCUGCUCCCUGUAUCGCCAGCUCUUCCUGACCUCGGCCAGCCAGAGCCUGUCCCAGGGCCUGCGGGACCGUGCCCAGAGGCUGAUGAGGGAGAAGCUGCUGGACUGGAGGGAUUUUCUGCUGGUGAAGAGCAGGCGCAAUAUCACCAUGGUGUCAUAUCCGUCCCGGAGCCGGCUUGAGGUCUGUCCUGGAAGAGCACCAAAGUCAYUGGAUACCCUUAACUGGACCUACAUACCUGGAGGACUUUCCUGGCCUGGUGCACUUCAUCUAUGUCGACCGCACGGCUGGGCAGAUGAUGGCACCGUCACUUAGCGUGACGGAGAAAUCCAGCUCGGAGCUGGGCAAGGGUCCCCUCGCGCAGUUCAUCAA